UCCUCUCCUCCCCGACUGACCAUGGCUCGAUACGAGGCGACGUACGGCGACGGGUCGUUCCAGGUCUCCGGCAGCUUGCAUCGGAUGCUCUCGCAGGCCACGCCCCUGUACGAGUACCUCACAGGCCGCAAGGCGCCUGCGGUGGUGGUGCCGGCAGAGAUGGAUCCGCGCGAUGUGGUGGCCUCGAGGCGGUCACACGGCCUCUUUGCCCACUCGGUCCGCAUGCCCUCGCGCCACGGCGAGACCGAGGGUCGCUAUCCGUGGACCCUCCCGCGCGAGGUCGAGGAGGAGUUGGAGCGAUCGGCAUCGGGGCUGCUGGAGAUAGCCGACGAUAAUGGCGAGUAUGACGAGGAUAACGACGAGUGUGGAUCGGGGUAUGAUGCAGCUGACGGUGCCGAUGAGACCCGUCAGGCCGGCGCAGAUGCCGAUGCAAGCGCAGACAAGGCUGAGAGCGAGUUUGCCAACACUCGCAAGCCCGCAUGGGCUGCACGCUCGCAGUUCCGCCCAGCCUCGCAGAUCACCUUUACCAACCGCGGCCCGUACGGCAACACCUACGACAUUUCUAUGUACAUGUAGCCGAUCAACACCCGCCGCCCCGCCGCACACAGAUACCAUCGUCAGGCGCAGGUAUUGCCACCGUUGCAGAUGGCAACAGCUGCUGAAAGAGCUGAUAAAUACGCCAAGACCGA